CUAAACAGCAAAUUCAGGCUUUCCUCGGCUGACAUUCUGCGCCUCUCCACCAUGUUGCUGCCUUCCCCACUACCAGAUGAACUGCCACACCCUCCUCUUGAAGAGCAGUCCACGACAGCCUUUAAACUUAUCGCUAGAAAAAGGAGUCACCUCACAAGAUGGUAUACUAGAUGGGUUGAAAUAGCGGACGCAGCGUUGCGCAAGUAUGCCCAGCAAACUGCGGAACAUUACCUGCUUCAUAUCAUCUAUGGAUUUGGUGAACUGCGGGAUGAGUUCUAUAUGGAGAAAUCUUGGUAACCCAAAGAGGAACCGCGGCGCCUGAUUGGCUAGAUCCGCGACCACUACCUCGAGCUCAACAGUACCCUAGCGCAUGGCCUGCUCAUAGCCGGUCUCUGCUAGGACCCUCUACACCCUGUCCACAACAUCAUCGUCAAUUCCGUCUGGUAUUCGGACACUUUUCCCAUGCGCUCCAGCGACCAUACGCCGCCUAGUUCAGCGCUCGCUUGAUGGGGUUGCCUCACUUCGCCAUCUCUGUCCUGGCCUCUCCGAUGACGACGAUGCCUUGGCACCUCAGUCUCUCCCGCGCCAACCUCCGUGCUGCUGUUGCCUUCGCACGUGGUUCUGUCUGACGGCAUCGGAGCUGGAAGCCGCCCUUCAAGCGGCUGACAAGGCGGCGCGUCAUCUGCUUGCUGCUCAACAACAAGGGCAGGCUUUCCUCAGCCGACAUUCUGCGCCUCUCCACUAUGUUGCUACCUUCCCCACUACCAGAUGAGGUGCCACAUCCUCCUCUUGAAAAGCCGUUCACGGCGGCCUUUAAACUCAUCACCAGAAAAAGGAAUCUUCUCAUGAGAUGGAACCGAGGAUGGAUUGAAUUAGCGGAUGCAGCGUUGCGCAAGUAUGCCCAGCAAACUGCAGCACACAUUAUCAGCUUCAUAUCGUCUAUGGCAUUUGUAACCUUUAGGAUGUGUGCGGUAUGAACGAAGGUUUCCAUACCAGUUUCAUGGCGUGGUCAAAGGAUCCUUCUUGUGCUAAAGAAACGCCUGUGUUUUUAUUUGCUGAAACACUUCGUCUGUCUGGCUCCGACUAUUCUGAAGAGAACAUCACCUUGUGCUGUACAGUAGAGCCAUCACCCAGUGAAGCUGGUAGAUGCCAUGAAUGUCUUACCGGAAACUUCCAAAUUGACCACCCGGAUGAUUCUGAGAACUUCUCUGGUUGGCAGUACUACACCUUGGAUGGAACAGUCAAAGACCUGGAUUGCCCCAGUACAAGUGAUGCCGACUACAGGUGCUUCGACCCUGUCAGAGAUAUUGGUUUCGUGGAGUACCUGGAUCAAGAUUUUACCCAUUACAGACAAAACAUCGAUUUAGCUAUCAAUGGCUACUGCAGUGCAAUUAUGUGA